UUCUGCGAGCGUAUCGCGAAACUCGCGUCGUUGCGAAAUAGUGCGUCGCUCCGAUACGCUUAACCACAGUAUUCUUUGUAUCGGUGCGUUUCUUUCUUCGACAAUUCUGACGCCGAAAGUGGUUCGAUCGGUCGAAGGUACGAUCAGACGAACGAUUUUAAACAAACAUUCGAUUCGUUAAAAUAUUGCUUAAGAUUGUCCGCAAAAGCUGUUGAAGAGUUAAUCUCGGGUCGUCAAGGCUAUCAAAGCGUGCCGUUUUUUUUUUUUUUUUAUACAACUCAACGUUACUGAUUGAUGUACGUGUACAUCCGUGAUCCUCGAAACGAACGUCAAGAUCUGAUGUAAAAAAAAAAAAGAAAAAAGAAAAAAGAAAAGAGAAUAAAACAGCGAUAGCCAAGUGUGACCGAGAAGUCCACGGACCUGAGGAAUAGUAUUAAACGCUCGUCAGAGCCUUUUUCUUUCGUAUCAACGCACCAAUAACAGACGCAAUAUGUCGAAAUUAGCGGGAAUAAUGGAGACGGAGGACGUAGUUGGUAAACCGACCCUCGUGCGACGUGUUUCCAACAUGCUGAAAGAUGGAAGUUAUAGCGGACCACCAAUGUUGUUCCGACACGCGUCCAUGCAGAAGAUUCGUCAUUGCUGCCAGAAUCUGAAUCUCUUCCCGUAUCUACUCUACUCGUUCGACAAUUCAAAAUCGCAUCCAGUAGCACGUAAGGUGCACCUCUGUCUAGGACAGUUCCUCGAAGUGAUCACAGCGAGGAUCUUUUUCUUGUACAAAAGCUUUCGACGCUCGCUGUUACGUGGCAUUCGUUCGGACGAUCACAAGAACAAAACCGAAGAACAAGAACCGAUCAAGUCGCCUAUCGACACCGGUAAAUUAACCAGCGAAUUUCAAACGAUCGCCCGACAGAAACGCAAACAACAAAGCCCGUUGUUUCUCAGUUUGGCCGUUUAUCUGGCCGUUCUAUUUCUCGCCUUUCAAAUGGUCGGCCUAUUCAGCCUGAUGGUGUUCGGCAAGUACACGCCUGGCUUCAUUUUCCUCAUAUCAGCCUUGUUGUUCCUCGGUUGUAUCUCGCUUAAGAUCCUCUUUCACGAGAGCGUGAUGCAUACCGUCAAGCCGAAAAAGAAGAAGAACAAAGUACAAUGAUCCCUUUAUUCCCUCGCGGCCAUCAAUGGCUGUUCAUCGGAUAGAUAAUAGACCUAAGAGUAUUUCAGAAGAGUUCUUGGCCCCCCCAUUGCAGUUUCUCCUGUUACAUACUUAAACGAUAACACCAGACAGAGCUUACCAAGAGCUGGCGAAACUAGCCAGCUAACGCCGACGCCACACGAGUGUUUCAAAUGACGACCAAAACUAAGGGUAAGGAUAAAGGGAGCAACCUUCCAUCCUUUGUUUCCGAUUUCGAGAAAAUUUCAGGAAAACUUAACGCGGAUCCUUCUAAGGGUAAUGGUUAGAUUCUUUACGCUUUCUCUUAAUCGAGGGAAGCCUAGAUUUCACGCGACUGUAACACUGUCGAGUAUACUACUCCUUCCUAGGGAAAUAAGUAAAUGGAAGAAAAUGAUAUUGCAACCCUCGAGAGAUAAGACGCAUUAUACCCGAUUUCAAAGUAACGGGUAACGAGUUAACUUGAAGUAUAUUGCUUUUUCGCUAAGGAAGUUUAUCGUGCUUAGCACAGUACAUUCUGGUGCAAUGUAGGCACCUCCAAAAAAGGUAGGAACCUCUCACCACUUGUGUUCAAUUUUAGGAGAACCCAGGGAGAGCUUAAUCUAGUACUUUCUAUCCUCGCACAUAAAAAAUAAGGUACCCAUCGCAAUGGACGUCAUUUUAAAAACUCGUGUGGCUGCUACCUAAGUCGCUUGUUCAUGUUCGUACACGUUCUUACCAUCCCUUUAUUUUUUUUUUUUUUUUUUAGAUAGCUUCGUAGAUUAUACAGCAAGUCGGGAUUCGACCCGCUUACGCGUCGCCAAUUUCACAUGAUAGUUCUUUUUGUACUUUAGUCGGAUAUAAAUGGACGUAAAAGUAAUCGCGUGCACGAUCGUUGUGGCAACGUUUGGAGGAUAGGAGAUGAUAACGAACGGUAUGAUUGUAAUCCUUCCUCUAUAAUUUUCUUCCUCUUAUUUUUCUGUCAACGUGAUUCCGUGAAUUAUUAACCCUUUAAUUUAAUAAUCGAAACGUACAACGUUGUAACGAAUUGACAGCGUAUCGCAUCUUGGCAUUGACAUUAGCUUCGCAGCAGCAGCAAUUCGGCCACGCAGUUUUUAACAUAAUUUUGAAUGAUCACGAUAUUUGUCUGACUGUCAAUGCCAAAAAGCGAUACAUUUAAAAGAGUUACCUAGACAGCGAUCCGCGAUUUUAUCUUAUCCUCUACAGCAGAAGACUGAGACUCGUUUUAACUUUGUUGUAUAUAAAAAGAAAAAAAAAACGAAAUAAAAGAUAGAAAUAAAAA